AUGGCGGCUAUGGAGCUAAAUCAAAACCUUUACCUCUCUUUCUUUUGGUGCCUCAUCUUUAUCGUCCUCGCAUUUAAACUCACAAGAAAAAGAACCAAACCCAACUUCCCUCCUUCUCCUCCAAAAUUACCCAUCAUUGGCAAUCUUCAUCAGAUAAGCACACCAUUUCAUCAAUCUCUCAGAUCUCUCUCAAGCAAGUAUGGCCCUCUUAUGUUACUGCAUCUAGGCCAAGUUCCAACUGUGGUGGUUUCUUCUGCAGAUCUUGCCAGAGAAAUGGCCAAAACCAGUAAUGACAUUGUUUUCUCUUCCCGUCGUUCAAUCACAGCCGCAAAAAUCCUUUUCUACGGAUGCAAUGAUGUGAUUUCUGCACCCUAUGGCGAAGGAUGGAAACUGAGAAGAAAAAUCUCUAUCACAGAAUUCUUGAGCCCCAGAAAGGUGAAAUCUUUUCAAUACAUAAGUGAAGAGGAAGUUUCAAACUUGGUUAAUAAGAUUCGUGAUGAGGCACGCAAUAGCAAGAAUGAUGGGUUGCCUGUAUCAGUAAAUCUGAUUCAGAUGCUGAUUGAAACUCUGAACAAUGUACUGUGUAGAUGUAUUUUUGGCCAUAAAUGUGAAACUUCAGAUGGUGAAAGCAGUAGGUUAAGGGAGAUAAUGAUGGAAAUGAUGCAUGAAUUCGGAGAAUUCAGUUUUGGGGAUUUCUUCCCUUCAUUGUGGUGGAUGGAUUGUUUUAAAGGACUUAUUCCAAAAAUGAAGGCCACUUCUAAAGAAUUAGAAGCUUUAAUACUCCACGAGAUUGAACAACAUAAAAGUAAGAGAAGGAAUAAUACUCAUGAGAAUAAAGACCUUUUGGAUAUUCUGCUUGAACUUCAACAAAAUGGUAUCAUUCGCUCUGAUCUCUCCCUAGUUAGCAUCAAGGCAAUCAUAGUGAAUAUGUUUGCAGCAGGAAUUGACACUACUUCAACUACAAUGGAAUGGGCUAUGGCAGAGAUGAUGAAACAUGCAGAGAAAAUGAAGCGAGCACAAGAAGAGGUACGAGGAAUUGUGGGGUAUAAAACAAGAAUAGAUGAAACUGAUGUUAAUCAGAUGAGAUACUUGAAAUGUGUGGUGAAAGAAACUCUAAGGUUACAUCCUGCUGGUCUUAUUCCAAGAGAAACUAAUAACAGUGUGAAGCUAGGAGGGCACGAUAUUCCCCCAAAAACAAACAUCCUUGUCAAUCCAUUUGCAAUUCACAGGGAUCCAAAUCACUGGGAGAGGCCUGAAGAGUUUGUUCCAGAGAGAUUUGAGAACAGUGAAGUUGAUUUCAAAGGCCAAGACUUUGAGUUUAUUCCCUUUGGUUUUGGAAGAAGAGGGUGUCCUGGACUAUACUUUGGGGUUGCUUCAGUUGAAUAUACGCUUGCUAAUCUCUUAUAUUGGUUCGAUUGGAAGUUUCCUGAUGAUGAUGGAACUGCUAUGACUUAUGGAAAGGACAUAGACAUGAGUGAGGCAGAUGGCCAAGCUAUUCGCAAGAAGAUACAGCUUCUUCUUCAUCCAAUUCCAUACUCCUUUUGUCCAAAAACUUGA